GAGAGAGAGAUGGGGUGGGGUCCUGUGCAUGACUUGAGUGUGGUGGUCAAAGACAAAUUUGUGGAGUCAGUUCUCUCCUUGAAUUUUACACAGGUCCCAGAGGUUGAGCUCCAGCUCCUUGGACAGUACCUUUUCCUGCUGAGCCAACUUGCUAGCCAUGAAGAACAAUAUUUUCAGAUAGGAAAAGGAAGAUUUAUGGGGAACACAGAGGAAAACAGCUGAACCACAGGAAGGGGAGUAAAUGCAUAAUUGAAAUGCUCUGCAUUCCAUGAUCACUGUCCUGUGAGUCCCACAUGAUUCUUUGGCUCUGUAGACCUCCUGAUUAUUUUCAGUUCAUGUGUGGGAUCAGUGAUGCUUUUUUUCUAUGGAAAUACUGGGCAGAGAUGAAUUAGUUCUUCCAUGAGUCUUGGCUAUUAGACAAAAUAAAAAUGCCCACUACACACAAAAGUAAUGCCCCCCCCUUACCAAGAAAACAGCCCCCUGUGACACCAGUGACCACUGGGGUCAUAAGCCCACCUUGCACUGAUUGGGAACAGACAGAAGACAUCCUGAGAGCGAGAAUCCCUGAGACACAAGUCAAGUUCCACAGAGAAGCUCAAUGUGUCAAAAGCUCUGAACCUGAUGGAGUCAAGCAGACUUCUUCCAGGAGACAGAAAUUCUGGGGCUCAGGGGGAGAGAACAAAGCAAAGAGGAAGAUCUAUCUUUGACUGCUUCAGCAGGAGCACUUGGAAGGAGGGAACAGGGACCCUAGGAGGCAGGAGGGUCUGCUGGGCUGCAGACUGGGGAGGGGCUGUGGCUUCCUCCAUCCUGCCAGAAGCCCUUUGUGAUGAGGAGACCAUAGCUUUGUGAUGUGGGCCUGAGCCCUCCUGACAAGCCUCAAGCUGUACCCUCAGGACUGAGUGGCUUGAGAGCUGCAGUGCGAUUCAGAAGAUGGAGAGUUCUCUCCUUUGGCUGAAAAGCCUUUGUGACUCCUGGAUGAGCCUCAGGUCCAUUUUCACAGAAAUGGAUGUGAUCUUCGGAGUUAUGUGUGGAGUGGGGUUCUUCUUCCUACUGAUGCCCUUCCUGAAGACAUACCCAGUAUCGCCACCACCUGGGAGUAGAAAGAAUACCCCAAAGGUGAGGAGGAGGAGGAAGAAGAGGCAGGUCAAGACCAGGAAGAAAAAUGCUUCUGCAAAAGGUUGCAGAGAUUGCAGAAAGAAUGUGGAAGACACUCAGAAUGCUUCACAACCUGCAGAAAUCCCCAUCAAUAAUCCUUUACCGGACUCCACACCACAUGCCUUUUGGAACUCUAGUAAGAAACUGUAUCAGCUUCCCCUCUCUCAGCUACUGUCUUACCUCAAGGUCUUGGAGGAUCUUAUGCAGAGGAAAUUUAGCCAGACUUUCUGGAGCAUGUCCUCUGUGUUCUCUGAGUCAGUGGUGGCUACUGCUUGGGUCUCCAGGAGAUCUUCCUCUGCAGCAACCAAAACUUCACCAUUCUGUAAUACACAUGGCCCUUCCCCAGCUCUACCUCUGGGCCAAGGACCUCCACAGACUUCUCAGGCCCAGCCAUUGCCCGACCAGCUUGUGACAUCAAGCCUGGCAGAUGUGACGGAGGUCCAGACACUAGAUGACCUCCUAAGCUCUAUACCAAACCAAGCAUUUUCUGCAUCCAUAAGUGGGGUCUAUGGAACAACAUGUCGUGACAGUGAGAUGAAAGUAUUGGCAUCCCUCCCGACUGAAAACUGGUCCUGGCAGCAAGAUCAGGGGUCAAAAGAUACCAUAGGCUCUAAUGUCCAAAAACAUCAAGCAGCCAUUAGCCAGCCCACUCACAACUUGCCCAGGGACAUCCCACCUGCUGAAGCUAUCAGGUCAGCCUCCAUCGCUCCUGAGCAUUGUCAGAUCCUCCAGCAACUUGAGGAGCCACACAGUGAAUACAGCAUGUCCAAGGUGAGAGAACAAGGUCCCCCCUUCAAGUUCCUCCCAUCCCAGGAACUGAUGCAGCUGCAGGGACAUUUACCAGCCAACAGUCAUUGCCAGUCCAAGAACAAGCCUGAACUCUCGCAGCCUGAUCAGCCCUUCAUCCUCGACUCCAAAGGCUGCAAAUUGAGUCAGAUGAUGAGGUCUGUGCCCUUGGGGAUGCCCUUAAAGAGGGGCCCAGCAAAAUGUAAUGUACAUGACCCCAUCAAGGAAGGCCCCAGUUUUAGGGCCAAAGACUUGCCUUGCACUUCAAGCAGCACCCCUGGGCAGGGUCUGGGACCCAGAAAUCCUGCAAUGAGGACAGAUCAGCUGUCCCGUGUGAACACCACCCAGGAGCUUUCCUUCCUUGACCUAAAAACUCAAAAGAAGCUGGACUCAAGCAUCAAACAGCUUCGUGUGAAACACAGAUGGAAAUCUUAUCUACAGACUCUUGUGUCAAGUGAUCUCACCCAACCAGGGGUUCCAGCCUCAUUCCUUCCCCAGCCUGUGUAUCCCACCUCACCCUCCUCUGUUUCUAAGUCAGAGGACUGUCUGAAGACUGCCACAAUCUUGGAAAAAUUGCAUCACCAAGAUCCAGGAGGGACAAGGAUAGAAACUGUAUCAGCUUCCAGGCUGCAGAGUCCUCUGUUUGCUCAGUCACCUUCAGAGGUUCAGGAUAUUCAAAGAACCACUCUACCAGCUGCCAGCCAAGGGCCCCUCAAGGCCCAUUCAGUUAUAUGGAGGAGCAACCUAAUCACUGGAGCCAAAGCUUACUGCCUCCUGGCAAAAACCCAGAAGAGCAGGAUCAUCCGAGGGAUUGGAAGAGGCAGCCUGCAACCAAGGACCAGUCCAAGAAUUGUCAGGCAUGAACCAUGGAAGAUGUUUGAUAAUAUGGCCUCAAGACAUCCCUGUUGGAGUGAUACAAUGGUUGAACCUGAAGUAAGGACCCCAUCUUCAGUGACCAAGCAGACCAACAGAAUUUUGGAGGUGAUAAAAGAGACACCUUCUCCACAGAAAGUGACUUUUGGGUCCAGCAAGAUUCCCAAUGGCCAAAACAUCAAUUUCAAUCUCAGAGAUUUUGAAUCUGUAGAGGCCAAUAGAAACCAAGGCCAUUUCCAAACAUGUCCACAGAGCUCAAGUGGCCUAGCUCUAAAACCACAGGUGCUUAGAGAGGUUGACUUCAAAUCAAACGAGCAGUCACAGUCAUGGCCGGUUGGGCUCCUUCCAGAUGGUCAAAGUGCUGUGUGCCCCACCACAGUCAGUUUGCCUACACAGCACUCAGUUCACAGAUUCCAGAACAGAUCCAAAAAUCCCAAGACUUCUCAGGGCCUAGAUGAUGUAUUCAAGAGGAGAAAUCACCGCAAAAAGACUCAGAAGCUCAGUGUCCCCAAGGAUAAGAUUCAAGCAAGUAAUCACAAAAUAUUUCCUCCCAGUGAAGAGAGGAAGGAUUGCAUGAGAUCCAGAGUCAAAAGCCAGCGAGAAAAUCUUGGGAGAAUGGGGCUCUCCCAAGCCCAGGGCCACAAUAGCUCUACUCAGUCCAAGGAUACAGUCAUUACUGAGAGUCAGCCCUUCCCUGAUAUGCCGAGAAACAAACAGUCUCCUGAAAGAAGCUUUCUGAAGAAAAUGGUAAGGAAUAUUCUACAAUAUCUCAACCUCCAUGCCAAAGACAAGGAGCAGGGGGAUUCUCUGAAGAAUGAAAACGACCCAUCAUCUACUAUACAGACUCAGGAGGUAGUCACAAAAGACAAACUCAUCUAUAAUUUGGCAGCCAGAGUGCAAUCUCUCAUGAAAGUUAUGAUACAGGUCGUGAUGGACAGGCUGGGCCUUGAUAUAGAGGACCCAUCAAAGGCACAAUGGUGUGAAGUGGAAUCACUGACAUCCCAACUGAGUUUCUCUUCCCACUCUUCUGAGGGUCUCUAUGACACAAAGAAAAGCAGAAGAGUGAGAAGAAUGAGCUUUGGUCCCCACACCAGUUCCAAAGGACACAACCAUCCACUCAGAUACAGGGGAAUUGGAGACAAAGAGCAGCUGAGUGUUGAUGCCCAGAAAGCCUGUGAUCAACAUCAGAAUAGCGUGAAGAGAGAAAUGGACUUCAACCAACUCCCCACCCUCAAGGGGAAGAGCCAUUCAUUCCUGUACAGGAGAACUGGAGACAAGCAGCAGUCAGGCACAGGUAGCAAAACGGCCUGUGACCCAGAUCAAAUUAAAGUGACGAGUAGAAUGGGCUAUUGUCCACAUAACAACUCCAAGGAGCACAACCACCCAUUCUUAUAUAGAGAAAUUGGAAGCAAACAACAGUCCAGUGUUGUCCAAAGAGCCUGUGACCCACCGCAAAGUACAAAGAAAGUGAUAGACUAUGGUCAUCUCAACAGCCUCAAGGAGAACAAUCAUCUGGUCAUGUCCAGGGGAACUGGAGACAAGGAGGAGUCAUAUACUGCUGCCCAGACAGCUGGUCACCCCAAAUGUAGCUUAUCGGCACAGGCCGGGGUGCAGGUGUCUCAGGCCACCUUGACCUUUGCUCACUAGUAAGUCUUCCAAAAGCUAUCUCAUCCACCAGCCAUUGUUUCCCCUCAUGCUUUCCGGGUAAUAAACGUUGGCUUUUUUCCUGCAAAGAAAAAAAAAAUAAUGCCCAGCAUGCUUAUUCAUGAGGGAAAUGCAAUUCGAUGCCACUUCAGAGCCACUAAAAGGACUGAAAGUAUAAAAGCUGACAACAAGUAAAGUUGGUUGAUGUGCACAACAGUUGAGGCUUGAGCCCACUGUACGGUGCUGGUUGGAAUAUAGCACUGCUUUGAAAAACUGGUGAGCGGCUUUGGUCUACAGUUUCUUAUAAACUUGACUCCAAAACUAGAUACAUUUUUUUAAAAAAAAAGUGAUUGCAGAUGUCUACAUGGAGAUUUCUCCAAGCACAUUUACAGAAUCAUUUUUUCUUUGGCAUAAUUGGUACAAACUGUGAACAGUGGAUGUUCACUGAAGAGGACCUAGGAAACUGGUUACUUACUUCAUGGGUUAUUGCUCAGCAGUACAGAGAAUGACUACUAACACAUGCAGAACAUUGACUCAUUUAAGAAAUGUGCUGAAUGAGUGAAGCUGGGGAUAAAGGAAUCCCUAUCAGUGCAUGAUUAUGAGACUCUGACAAGCAAAGUUAAGCUUUGAUGAUAAAAAUCAUAUUGGUGGUUACAAAAUCACAGGGCUGAUAGAAAAAACACUGAAGACAUUUUCCAAAGUGAUGAAAUAGUGUUAUAUAUUGACUGUGGUUUAUAUGACAGACAAUAUACUUGUGAAAUCCAUUAAA